AUCGAUCUAAUCAGUGGCUCUCGAGCGCGAACGCAUCGGCUCUUCUCAUUUUACUUCUCGGAUACACACACUUGCCUCCGUUGUUUAUCGCUCGAUCGGUUCUAAAUGGCGCGGUACGGAGCUUGGCUCGGGUUCUCGGUGGUGCUGCUCCUCGUGGCUGGUGCGACUCGAGCCCAAGAGGACGAUGGGGUGCACUACCCUCGCUCGUGGCUGAACGUCGACAUAAAGCCCAUCGUCAACAACGAGAGGCUCUUCAGGAAGUACAAGGAGUGUCUCCUUGCCGACAAGACCAACGGAUGUCCCCGCGACGUCGUCGAGUUCAAGAGAAUCCUUCCCGAAGUGCUGGAAAACACGUGCAGCAAGUGCCUGCCCGAGCACAUAACCAAGGUCAAGGAGGCCCUGGAGUACAUCUGCCAAAAGCGGCCCGCCGAUUACGACGAGGUGAGGAACCACAGGGACCCGACUGGCGAGCUCCAAGCCAAGUUUGCCGAAAAGUACGGCAAAAUCAACUGCUGACUUUGAUCGUUAUUCACAGAGUCUCGAAUUUGCUUUUUAUUUAUUUGUUUAAUCACUUGAUUAUUAUUGUGAGUUGUACUUAAAAAAAAAAAAAAAACCUACGUAUGUCUCAUUCAACUACCAAAUAUGCUUUUAGUUUUUCAUGAAAUAUUUCAGUUUUUUUUUUUUUUUUGCAGUGUAUUAAUAGACGCGAGAAUAAAAAAUAGUUGAGAAAGAGUUAAUAUCAUUGUAAAAGUUAUUUGUGAAACGUAAUAUACGCAGCAUUGUGCAUUUAAUUGAUUUAA